GAAGAUAAUGAAGCAAAGAUUGCAAAAAUUAAUGAAGUCGAAGGAGAACUGAAAUUAGUUAAGGAGGAGUUAACGGAACAACUUAAUGAAGCAAAAGCAACAUUGAGAACUCAACAAAAUGAACGAGAACAGGAACACAUUGACCAUGCUGUAAUGCUACGAGAACUUCAGACUCUUCUAGCGCAAGAAAGAACAGAGAAGGAACGACUGGAACAUUUAGUUGAUGAUUUGCAGGAAGAAGCAAAAAGGCAAAGUGCUGCACCAAACAGGGUUAAUGAAUAUGAAAAGACAGUGAAACGUUUAUCUGAUGAACUUGGUGCUGUUCGUGCUAAGCUAAGGGACACAGAACUUAAGUCUUCCAAACCGUCACCUAUGCUUCUACACCUACAGAGAGAAAUGGCAGAAAUGAAGGCUCAGCACAGAAUGCAAGUGGAAUUGGAACAGCAGAAAUCAAAGGAGGCAGAAGAACAAGCGAGGGUCACAGCAUCAACGGAGGAACAGCGGGUAGCUGGAUUGGAGGCUAAGCUCUCCGAAUUAUCUGAUGUUGUUGGUAACUAUUCCAGAGUUCGACAACAGGACCAACUAGCCAUACAGUAAG